UGUUGGGUUAAUAAUAAAUAAAUAAAAUAAAUGGAUAGAAUGCAAUCCGGUGGCUUUUAAAAUUGGAUUUAGUAGCGUCCGUUGCAAAGGAAAAGCAAUCAGUAUUCAGUACGAGUCAAGAUGGAAUAUGGUUCUGAAAGUUUCCAUUUCCUAACAUGAUGAUUCCUAAACUUCACCGUCUCUCUUGCAUUAAAGAACUGGAACAGGCCCAAGCUUUCAUCGUCAAAGCCGGUUUCUAUAAUCACAUUCCUAUAAUCACGAAGCUAAUUGCAUUCUCCUCUCUUUCUCCAUUAGGAAGUCUCCCUCAUGCUUGUGCUCUCUUCCAAGAAACUUCCAUGGACGAUUCUUUCAUUUGUAACACCAUGAUUCGGGCCUACUCCAACACUGUUUUUCCCCUUAAAGCUUUGCUUAUUUACAACCGUAUGCAACGGAUGGAUGUUGAUUCUGAUCAUUUCACCUACAAUUUUGUGCUCAGAGCUUGUGCUAGAGCUAUCAAAUGCACUGAAAUGGACGAUCAAUGUUUUGGGCAUCAUAUCAUUUCUCGCAAGGGUUCUGAAAUUCAUGCACGCAUCCUGAAAUUGGGGUUUGAUCAAGACCAUCAUGUCCAAAACUCAUUGCUUCUAGUGUACUCUGGGAGUGGCUUGGUUGGUUUUGCUCGUUUGAUUUUCAAUGAGAUGACUGUCAAAACUGCUGUAUCCUGGAACAUUAUGAUGUCCGCUUACAAUCGAGUUCAUGACUAUAAGUCGGCGGAUGUUCUUCUUGAAUCGAUGCCUCAGACAAAUGCAGUUUCUUGGAAUACCCUAUUGGCACGAUAUAUUAGGUUGAAUAAUCUUGUAGCAGCACGAAAAGUGUUUGAAGAAAUGCCUGAGAGGGACGUUGUAUCUUGGAAUUCUAUAAUUUCCGGUUAUGUGAACGUCAAAGAUUAUAAGGGAGCUCUGGACCUCUUCCAUAGCAUGAAACAGUGGAACAUUCGAGCAACUGAAGUAACUUUUAUCUCUAUAUUGGGUGCUUGUGCUGAACUGGGUGCAUUGGAGAUAGGGAAGAAAAUCCACGAUUCCUUGAAAGAGAAGCAUUACAGAAUUGAAGGAUAUUUAGGUAAUGCCAUUGUAGAUAUGUAUGCUAAAUGCGGGGAACUGGGCUUAGCUUUGGAGGUAUUCAAUGAAAUGGAGAUGAAGCCUGUAAGUUGUUGGAAUGCAAUGAUUAUGGGUUUGGCAGUUCAUGGUCACUGUGAGAGAGCCUUGGAGAUGUUUGAUUCAAUGAAGGCAGAGGAUGGUGAUCACAAACCCAAUCGGAUAACUUUCAUUGCUCUUCUGAUUGCCUGCAGUCACAAGGGUCUGCUGGCAGAAGGACGCCAUUUUUUCAGUCUGAUGGUUACCAAGUACAAGAUAAUGCCGGAUUUAAAGCACUAUGGUUGCAUGAUUGACCUUCUUAGCAGAUGGGGUUUUUUGGAAGAGGCCUAUGUUAUGAUAAAAACUUGCCCUUUCAGUUCGUGCUCUGUUCUAUGGAGAACGUUGUUGGGUGGUUGUAGACUGCACAGGCAUGUAGAAUUGGGGGAAGAAUCGUUCCGCAAACUUGCAGAGUUGGAGCCAGGGAAGGAUGGAGAUUACGUACUUUUGUCAAACAUCUACGCCGAAGAAGAGCGGUGGGAUGAUGUGGAACGACUGAGAAAGGAGAUGAUUAAUUAUGGAGUCUGUAAGAAAGCUGGAUCGAGUCACGUUUAAACUCAAUGGUUCAAGGGUUGUACAGGGGAGGGAAGUCCAUGAUGUUAAUGUUCAUAAUCCACUGGUGAAUAUUCAGUUGACGACACUGUUUACUGUUGACUGUUGAUGGAGUUGGCGUGUUCAUAAUUUUCUGUUUCAUUAUUUUUGACACACUGCACAGAACUCGAGGCGUCAUGGGGAGGAGGAAAAAGGAUUGAGAUGGACUCUCAAGAGUUGGGCCCUAUUUAGCAAAUUUCUGAUCUAUAAUUUUCAGUCAGUUCGUGGUGCUCAGCCCACUGCGUUUGUGACAAACUGUUUCUUUAUGGGUUUUUCUUGCUUUCCCCUUGAGCCCAACACCAACAUCGCUUUCGUCUGUCAAAACCAUAUGGAAAUGAAUCCCAUUUGUCCAAAGUCAGUCAAACUUAGCUUGGCAUAGGGCGGUGCUGGUGCUGGUGCAUGUGUUUGUGUUGUUAGCUAAUUGGUCCAGUGUUGGAACUUGAAAAGAAACUUUGAUGUUUGUAUUAUUUUUCUGAUCCAUCGGAAAUUAGUUGCUUUCAUAUAAAAUGUCGGUGUAUCAAUAGUUGUAGAAAGUAAAAGAUAAUGUUCUUAGCUUCCCCAUGGUGGAUUGUAAUUUAAAUUUAUUUCCAGUGAACCAAAUACCCAUCUUGAGGUA